CACCUGUAAACAUCAAUAAACGUUCAAGUCUUCAACAACCCAUAAGAGUCACUCUCGCACUACGCAUUCGCAACACCGACUAACGCAACAGGAAAAAUUACAAUAGGACGGUUUUGUACAGGCACAUAUUUAUCCCAGUUCCGGUCCAUGUCACGCUCUACUUCUACCGACUCGCAGGUGUCCAAACUCAAACAACCAUUCACUACACGUCCACGUUCACAAGCUAGUAACUACUCCGAUGCAAGUUCAACUAAGAUUCCACUCGCUCGCUCGAAUACACCAUCUUUGGGCCCCGUCGCGACCAAAGUCAAGGCAGCCCUUUCGUCCGAAGCUCGCCUUGGGAUCAAGCCCACAAAGAAAGCACCAAUGCUUAGGCCUAUAUCUAGACCUGCAUCUCCCACUAAAAGAUCUGCUGCUACUCCAUCUCCGACACCAUUUGUACGCGACAUUAAUCCGGAGGAGGGAUUGGUAGAUUGGACUAAUGUCGAAGCAGACCUGUCCCUGGAAUUGGACGAUAAACCGCCGCACGAUAUAUUCGAUUCCCCAGACGACAAAGUAUUAGUGUCUAUACGCGUCAAACCAAUUGUGAAUGAUUAUGAAGAACAAUCCUGGAUUGUCAAUACAGAAGGGAGUUGGAUUAAGCUUCAUCCAAACCAUGCUAAAAUAACAGGAAAAGCCGUUGAGCAUCACUUUGACGCUGUUCUAACUGGAAGUGACAACAAGAGCGUCUACAAUCGCGCAGCUCGUUCUCACGUCCGGGCGGCAAUGGAAGGGUAUAACAGUAUUGUAUUUGCAUACGGCCAAACGGCAUCAGGGAAGACGUUCACACUAAUGGGCGACGAGAAUGAGCCUGGAAUAAUACCCCGUGCCAUUAAAGAUGUAUUUGGCUACAUUCGAAAUACAUCAAGUCGAGAGUUUCUCUUGCGAGCAUCAUAUCUAGAAAUUUAUAAUGAAACUGUUUAUGACCUCCUUGCCCCCUCAUCUGUUGGUAUCGUUGGCCCAACAAUCACCGACGCUGGGGUCGUCAAUCUCCGCGAGGAAGUCGUGACCAGCUUGAAAGGGAUCAAGGACGUCCUGGAACGAGGUGACAGCAACCGCAGAACAGCCUCAACAGAUUGGAAUGAGCGUAGUUCUCGAAGUCACAGUGUCUUCCGCCUCGUGAUCGAAUCCCGGGAAGUUCUGGGCGAGGAUGAGGAAGUUGAAGCGAUGCUUGGGACGCCAUCCACCCCGCGAGGCACUCGACUGCAGAGCAGAGGGGGUCGUGCUGUACAGUCCUCCGUCCUGAGCUUGAUUGACCUGGCGGGUUCAGAAAAGGCCACCAGUGACAAGGACCGUACUCGGGAAGGAAAGUACAUUAAUACAAGUCUUCUCACUUUAGGAACAGUUAUCGCUACUCUCGCAGAGAACGCUUCGAGGGGAAAAUCCAACCAUGUACCCUAUCGUAACUCGAAGCUCACUCGAAUGCUUCAGCCCUCUCUGUCUGGAAACGCCCGCAUAUCGGUGAUCUGUACUCUGAAUAGCUCUGUGAGUGCCAUUGGUGAAACAACCUCUACUCUCGGUUUUGCAUCGCGGAUAAAGAAAGUUAAACUUCAUGCGACGAAAAAGGAGGUUAUUGACACGGAGGCCCUUCUCGAGCGAUACCGGAAGGAAAUUGAGGAGUUGCGAGCACGACUGGCAGAACGAGAAAGGGAAGCCCCUGUACGGAAUCGGCGGCUGAGUGCCAGGCAGAAAAUUGACGAGAGUCGGACACUGAACGAUAUGAGUGGGAGAAUCAAGCAAUUGACUAAACUCAUCCUCACUAGUCAAACUGUGGAUGAAUCUAGGGGUGAUCAGUCGUGCCCUUCUAGUCCUACUAAACUGGACUUUUCGCAGUCACCAUACGAGCUUCAAAAGGAACUUCUUGUAGCGAAGGAGCAACUCGAGCGACAAGCUACCUUGAUUCUCUCGUUAGAAGCGAGCCUUGAGCAACGGGCUGUAAUACCACUUGACUCACCCGAACACGAAAAGGAUGCAAAAAUAUCGGAACUGUCGAAACAAGUUAAGGAACUGGAAUUCGUUACGAAACGGUAUGAAGAGAACCUUGGUGAACCAUUGCGCGCGGUGAAGGAAGAUGUUGAAAAAGAAUGGAUUGGCAAGGUUGAGGGGUUGGAAGAACAACUCCGCACUAACAAGGCAUACGCUUUAGAGUGCGAACGUGCUCUUGACAAGGAAAGACAGACCCGUAAAAAGUUGGAAGAAGAGAAAAGAGCCCUUGUAGCGUUCGUAACGGAUUUAGAUUCUGCUUUGCCUUCGUUACGAGGACACGCGCCUCUUAACAUUAUCUCAUCCUCGACACCCCCUCCACUACCAUCCUCAUCCACCUAUCGUCCCCCCCUUAGUCCACUCAACGAGUCGGACCCAAAUGCUUCGCCAUCACCACCUCAAGCGGCAUCUCCGACUAAAUCUAGAAUCCCCACUUUAACUUCCCCCUCUAAACAGCGAAUUUCAUCAUUCACAAUGCCAAGCAUGAUGAACGGAACUGGAGGCGAAAACAGAGAGGGUAUUUUAGGCAGGGCUACACUAUUCGAUCAGCCCCCCGUUGAUGACCUACUCGAUGGUGAAGCGAGCUUUACGGGGGACGGUUUGGGGAUCGAGGAUAAGGAGAAUCGAUCGGUUUGAUGGACCCUUUCCCCUGUAACGCCGUCCGUUUGUUGGUCUAGCUCCAUCGGGGCGUAUGAUCGCCAGAGGCGACGGUUCAACUGCCCAUGCUGAUUUUUUUCUAUUUGGGUUUCGUUCAGAGCUUUCUGAUAGAUCAUAGCCAAGUAUCUAUCUUCCUGUGCAUCAUCUUUUUCUUUGAGUCUAGAUGUUAAGUAUUGUAUGUACAUGUCACAUAGGACUAUGGAUCAUUGCGCU